AUGAAUUGGUUCGCCCCCCCUCCCGUCUUGGAGCCAACGCUCCUGACCACGCUUCCAUCCAAAUUCCGCCUUGUUGGUGUAUCAGAGCACUCGACGAACCAAAAGCGUGGCCGACCGCUCGAUAGCUUCCUCGAAGGUCCAGUUGUCAGAGGAAACACCUUGUAUCUGACCGACAUACCUUACGGCCGAAUAUUCGCCGUCAAUCUCACCACAAAAGAAUGGGAUCUUGUGAUCCAAUACGACGGUGAGCCCAACGGCCUAGCAUGGCAUGAACAACGACAUCAACUCCUCAUUGCCGAUUUCAAACAGGGCAUCCUUGCUCUUGAUCUCCAAACCAAGACCAUAACCACCGUGAUGGAUCGCUUCAACGGCGAGCGACUCAAGGGCCCCAACGACCUGAUAGUCGGCCGCGACGGCAGCAUAAUCUUUACAGAUCAGGGCAUGAGCGGCCUUCAAGACCCGACGGGGCGUGUAUACCGCAUCAGCUCCAGCUUCAACACGGGCAGUGGCGAUAAUCGUGUCGAGGUGCUGCUUCGUAACUGCCCUUCACCCAAUGGUCUAGUUCUUGACAAAGAUGAAAAGAACCUCUUCGUCGCCAUGACGAGGGACAAUAGUGUUUGGCUUGCGCCGCUGUACCCUGAUGGCAGUGCGCAGCGGACAGGGAGGUUUUCGAGCUACUUUGGUGUUGGUGGACCAGAUGGGUUGUUAACGAAUGGUGAGGGUGAUCUUUUUGUUGCGCAUUCUACGCUGGGCACUGUGUUUGUGCACCGGAAGGAUGGCACGCCGCGAGCGGCUAUUACGACAAAGGGAUUUGGUUCGGGCACGACGAACUUGACUUGGGGAGGAGGGGAUGGGAAGACUCUUUAUAUCGUCGAAAGUGAAUCUGGCACAAUUCUGACGUUGGAUUGGUAUAAUGUAGUAACUCUGUAG